AUGGCCGUGACAUCUGUGACUGCGUCGGGUUCGCUACCCUUAACACUUUUGGCCGCUGAUAGAGCACCAGCGUUGAUACCAUGUAUGGUGAUGAAUGUUGCUGUGGCCAGCAUUACUCCCGACAGUGUGCUGGAGGUUUCGGUCGUCAUCAGCAAGCUGCUGACUGUGAUUUCGAAGCAAGGGACGUGGAUCACGCACCAAGACCUGCAAGGCAAGGCAGCGGUGACUGGAGUUGGUGACCAGCCAGUACCAGUAAAGAGCAAAGUGAAAUUAAACUUGCGCUUUACCACUCCGGGUGGGCCGUUGAUUUUACGAAAUGUGAUCUGCUGGGUCACAGAGCAACCAUUACCCAUGGGAGUCGGUGAUUUGCUACUUUCGAGGUGGAUAAUGGAAAGACUUGGAUACAGUGCCGAAAAACUGUUUGCCGCCGCACAACAAAUCUGCUCUGAGUGGGAUAUGAGCGAUGUUGAUGACGGAGGUGACAUUGGUAUACCAAGCGUGUUGGCGUAUACGGGGACCAUCGGAUCCCCACAACCGACACAAGAAGAGCUGGAUCUACAUGAAGAAGAAGACAAAGCGUGCUUUCCGACGUUCGAGGAAGAUGCGGACUCUGAACAAGAACAAAUCCGGUGUGUUGUGGUGUAG